AUGGCUUACAAUUCCCCUGCAGCAGAGGCUCUGCGUCUUCACAAUGUCGCUCGCUCAAAUGUCAAGGUCAAGGCCAUCGUGUGGGAUUCCAAGCUUGAAUCAGCUGCUACAGCUUAUGCUAAGAAGCUGGCCAAGGCUGGUAAGAUGCAGCACUCUGCAGGAAAGGACCGUCCCAACCAGGGUGAGAAUCUUGCAUAUGCUUGGGCAAGCAACGGCUUCAAGAACCCUAUCACUGCUGGUGCUCAGGGAUGGCUGAACGAGAAGAAGUACUACAAGGGAGAGACUAUCCCCAAGGGUAACUUCUCAAAAUAUGGCCACUACACUCAAUGUGUCUGGAAGAGCUCAACAAAGAUCGGCAUUGGCGCCGCCAAGGACUCCAAGGGCGCAUGGUACACUGUUGCUCGAUAUUCAGGACCCGGCAAUGUUGUCGGCCAGAAGCCUUACUGAGGCAUAAAAGAUUGAACCAAAAGGAGAUUGCUGAAUGAAAUAUCUGCCUGGGGCAGUUGAGAAGGAACAAGAUGGACGUUUUUAGCGAGCGCUGACCUGAUACCUUCUUUGAUUCAUGCCUUUUCGUCGAAAGUGGCUAUAUGUAUUACUACUAGAAUACCUCACAUUCGCUUACGUGUUACGAAUUAUGUUAAACAAAUUGAUUUGUUAAACCA